AACACCAUGACAGCAGCAUCGACGACAGAUCAAGACCAGGACCUGAAGCAUGUCCUCAACCUGCUUUUGAUUGCCAAUGGAGCGCUGUCGACUUUCAUCUUCUUGAACAGCAUCUUCGUCCUCAACGACGCGGGCGGGCUCAACGAGUUCCUAAGCAGUGCCACGUAUAUGACGUACAUCUUCGCUGCCAUCAUCAUGCUCAACCGCAAUCCUUCGGCCUUUUCAAUUGGCAUGCUGCUCGGGUCGUCUGUGGUCUUGGCGGUGCUGGCCUUCAUGAACACACUCUACUGGGUGGUUGCUUCCUCGAACAUCGACGACCAUCCCGUGGCGGCGGGAUUUGCAGCCGCCUUCAACUUUAUAUUCUUCGGCGUCGAAGCGUCGUUUAUCGUGUUGCUGUAUCGUUCAAAGCACACCAUGAUUGAAACCUACUCCGCCUACGACUACAUCCCCGACACCCAUGCCGCCGCCGCCGUGCUGUCCUGCUCCCACUGCGAAGGCGACGACACGUUCUCGUACCAGUCGACGGCUGCUGCACCAACAGCCGACAUUUAAGUUCAACCGACAUGAACUACUAGUAGUAAAGUUAUAAAACUGCGACGACGUUCAAUCAUCAUCA